AUGGUGUUUUUACGCAAGAAUCCGGAUGAAAGGCCCAACGAUCAGAUUUACUCUGUUUUCAAACCAGCAGAGAAAUGGUGUAUCGUUGCUCUAGCCUCAUUGGCGGCAUGGUUCUCGACACUGAGUAGUUUCAUUUAUUAUCCCGCUCUACCUAUGAUAUCCCAGUCCCUCAAUGUUCCCGAAAGCAAAAUUAAUCUCACUAUUACAACAUACAUGGCAGUUGCUAGUAUCGCUCCGGCUCUGGUAGGCGACAUGGCGGACAUCCUAGGCAGGCGUCCUGUUUACAUUCUCACUCUGAGUGUGUAUUCUGCGGCAAAUAUGGCAAUUGCUUUGGCAAAAUCCUACCCCUCGCUUCUGGGUCUUCGAGUCAUCCAAGCAUUGUCAAUCUCUGGUACCUUUUCAAUUGCAUACGGUGUCGUCACAGAUGUUGCCUCUCCAGCUGAAAGGGGAUCAUAUGCUGCUUUAGUAUCAUUUGCCACCACGAUAGCCCCUAGUAUCGGUCCAAUACUGGGUGGAGCGCUCACGUUUGCCGCUGGGUGGUGGUGGACCUUUUGGUUUUUAUGUAUUGCAUCGGGCAUUUGUCUGACGGUAAUGGUCCUUUUCUUGCCAGAAACAUCCCGCCACAUUGUUGGAAACGGCUCUAUACCACCGCCACGGAUGUUUCGAUUGCCAAUACCCAAAAUCAUGAACCAUUGGCAAAACAAUGACCUAGACCCAGCAGCUGUGGUAUGGCGAGUGCCUAAUCCUCUUAAAUCAUUUACAAUUCUUUGGCGCAAAGAUAACGCAAUAGUCAUUGUCGCGUGUGGAUUGCUCUAUGUCAUAUACACUUGUAUCAACGCCUCCCUCUCUACAUUGUUCGUGAAGAUAUACAAUUUGAAUCAAUGGGAAGCGGGUUUGAUCUAUCUACCUUUUGGGAUCGGUGGAUCAUGCUCAGCUUUCAUAUCAGGGAGAAUUCUAGAUCAAUCCUGGCAAAAGGCUGGGAAAGCCAAAGGGCUGAGCACGGAUAAGACUGUCGAUGAUAAUUUGGACACAUUUCCAGUCGAGAAAGCCCGUCUUCGCGUCAUCUGGGCUCCGAUGCUAAUCACGACUUGUUUGGUGAUUGGAUUUGGGUGGAUAUUACACUACCACAAGAGCCAAAAGUUCAUUGCGAUUCCGCUCGUCUUUCAAUUCUUUCUGGGACUUGUUAUGCAGCUCGACUUCAGCAUCUAUAAUACACUCCUAGUUGACAAGAACAAUCGAGCACCCGCAGCAGCUCAAGCAUCUAGCAAUAUCGUGCGUGGUGGGAUGGCCGCUAUUGCCGUAUCAUUCCUUCAGAAUAUGAUAGAAAAACUCGGCAUUGGUUGGACAUUCACAUUUAUGGGUGGUCUCUCUUUACUGUCCUCUGCGCUAUUUUGGAUUGACUACAAGAAGGGAGCGGAGUGGAGACAGAUGGAUGCUAAUGACGGAGUUGGUCUCUGA